AAUAACUAUGAAACAAGAUUCUGACAAAAAUGUAGAUAAAAUGAUAAAUUUGUAUUACAAGAUGUUGAAAGCAUUAUUUUGACCGAAGUAAAAUAAUCAACCUUCUGUUUACACAUACGGAUCAAGAUUAUUGAUUGAUACGAUAAUUUAUAUGUAAUUAAUCCUGCAAACGUUAAAUCAAUCAUGUAAUCAGAACUCCUGGUUAGAACUUGAAAGAGCAUGUUAUCAAUAAUUUCAUUAAUUUUGCACUCACAAGAAAUUAUUUUAUAUCAUGUGUGUUUAUAGAAUAUUUUCUGAUUUUACAAGCACAAAGCUAACAUUCAGAUACUAUGAAAUUGAGCUUAUUCAAUAAAUCUAAACAUAAAUGAUUAAAGCGUUUAAGUGGUAACCCAUUUUGUAAGGGAUUAUAGAAUUGGUAAGUUACUAAAGCCAUUAUUGAAUUCAAGGUAAUUUUAUUGCAAAACUUCUCUAUUUCUUAAAGCUGUGGCCUAGAUGCACCUAAAGAAAUUUCCCUAAAAUUUUGUUGUAAGAGGGAAAAGAAUGAAGUUAGAAAAAAGAAACUUAUUGAAAGAAAAUUGGCAAAUGAUGAUUUCUUGUCCUAAAAAUUUUUAAGAAAUAAUUAAUUGUAGUCUAAAUUUAGGUAAUAUUAUAUUAUCGUGGAUGAUGGUGUGUUCAUUUCAUUUUUAGCCGUAAUCCUGUGAUUCUCUGACUGAAUCAAGCCAACAGAACUUGCAGAAAAAGACAGAUUGCCCCAGAGGGAAUCAACUUCAAGAAACUUUCCGAUUCUCUGGGAUAUUCGGAACAAUUUGAGAUCGGUCACUUCCUGCGCGGAUGCCUCUUGGGAAUGUGAAAUGAUAAGGUGGCUUGAAAUCUGCACUUAUUCAGGAUAAUUAUCGAUUGAGACACUGUCCGUAGCUGUUCUUCAAACUCUGUAUUUUCAUUGCAAAAGGCCAUUCUCGAUCCAAGCUUACAAUUCCAAUGCUUAAAACUUUAUUACCAUAUUUCAGACAACACUAAAUCACAAAGCAAACUGGUCCACUAAUGGUAAUAACUGACAGAAAGUUUUGAUUGCUGCAAAAAUAAAGCAAAGAAGAUAUUGCACUCACAUCAAUUGGAAGACUCAAAGAGAAUUUCCUUGAUCCAGUACUAAACAGAUCACAAGAUUUGAAUCCAAAAUGGCUAGUUCACGUCUGUAUACCCUUAUCUGUUUGGCAACUGCCUGUGUGCUAUUCUCUCUAUCCGGAGGAAUGUCCAACAAGUAUGAUGCAUCUGGAAGAAAGGGAUCUCUAAACUGGAGCUCGGUCUCUACUAAUGGGUGCCAAGUUACAUAUACCAGCCAUGGUGUCAACGCUAGCUGUAAAAAUCUUAGCCUUCAUUCUGUUCCUAACGGUCUUCCAUAUAACACAAUAGUGCUUGAUCUCUCUGAAAACAUCAUUGAAACCCUACACAACAAAUCAUUCAUCUAUCUCCCAGACAUCAUCAAGCUCGACCUGUCCAACAAUGAUAUCAUUUUGAUAGAAGAUGGUACCUUUAAGCCUCUGGGUAAUCUCACAGAAUUAAACCUGGGGAGUAAUCACAUCCAGUCUCUGCCAGCAGGUUUACUUCAUUCAAAUAAACUUCUAUCAGUUUUGAAACUGAAUUUCAACCUUUUGAGUUCGGUCCCCACAGAUGCUCUUCCGUGGUCUGAAAGUAUGAAAUCACUUGAUUUUUCUAAUAAUUUCCAAAUAUCCUCCAUAAAAUCUCUGGACUUUGCACCUCUUCAGAAUUGCUCACUCAUAACACUUGAAAUACGUCAUUGUGACUUAAACAAUCUUUCAACAAACAUUUUUGCGGCUUUAAAAAGCAUUCAACAUGUAUUACUAAAUGAAAAUGAGAAUAUGAAAGAAUUUUACAUCUCUUCCAUUUCAGGAAUAAAUGAGAUAAAUGAACUAAGCUUAUCAUUCUGCCGUAUAGAAAGAAUAAUUCCACUAAACCAAUCUCUUCACCGUCCUCAUCAUUUUCCCAAAAUACAUCUUAUGAAUCUUAAUUGGAAUAACCUGAUCUCCUUCCCAGAUUUUGUGUUUUGGGGAUUAAACAAACUAAACAUCCUCAGAAUGGACUAUAAUGACAUUUCUACUUUAUCUAACUAUACAUUUUGUGGACUAGACCAGUUGAUUGAAUUAGAUUUAUCUGAUAACAAUUUAAUAUAUUUACCUGAAGGCAUGUUCUUCUGUAAUAAAUUCUUACAAAAAUUGAGACUCAAUGCAAAUUUGAUAGAAAGCUGGACCGGAAGUACAUUUUCUAAUCUAUGCUCUUUGAAUCACUUAAACCUAUCUCAUAAUAAAAUAAAAUAUAUUUCUAGUGCUCCCCAAACACCUCCCUCAUUGGAAUAUCUAGACCUUUCUUUCAAUGAAAUUAAACAUGUAUACUCCUAUUUUCUAAGAAGAUAUAUUCAUCUCAAAAUUCUGAACAUGUCUAACAAUGAUAUAAAAGGGAUUGAUUCUCUUAGCUUCUCCAGUCUCACUAACCUACAAGAGCUCUACCUCAUAAAGGAAGAUUUGAUAAUGGACAAAUCUGACAAUCCUUUCCAAAACAUGCAAAAUCUUCGCAUAUUGGAUUUAUCAUCUGCAAUACAGUACCCGACUUCUGAUACCAAACUGUUUGCAAAUUUAACAUCUCUCAUGAGACUGUUUUUAUGUAAAAACAAAUUACAGAGCAGACAUUUAUUUGAUUCUUUGACUUCUCGAUCCAUAUUUGCGAGUCUUGAAACUUUGUUAACACUGGACUUGAGAGAGAAUGACCUGGAUAUGUUGGCGCCAGGAACUUUCAACCCCCUUAAGAAACUUGAAAUAUUGUUCCUUUCUCAUUCAUCUGUUAAAGUGCUGUUUUCUGGUGUUUUUGAAGGUUUGGCUUCUCUUAAAACAUUGGAUCUCAGUGACAAUUAUAUCUCAUCAAUUUCUGAAGAUAUAUUUCCAAUACAAUCUCAGCUUAGUAUUUUGGACAUAAACAAUAACCAUGUUGAUAUCAUUCCUGAAACAUUAUUCAAUAAAAACCCAUAUUUGCAAAGUCUUUAUAUUCAACAAAACAAAAUAACUACAAUAAAACGAAGGACAUUUCCAAAGAAUUUCAAAAUAGACGCAUCAAGAAACCCUUUCGGCUGCACAUGUGACUUGCGCUGGUUUGUGAGGUGGCUACGCUCGACCAACGUUGAAGUCAUCCAUUCAAAUGAUACACUUUGCUCACAAUCUUCCAUCAAAGACAUGGAAGGAUCACCAAUUCUGUCAUUCAGUCCAGAUAAAUACUGUGGCAUCAACAUUCUUCUUAUCACGAGUGUGUCUCUGACAGCUAUUCUGGUUGUAGCACUUUCCUUGUUGGCAUACUGGAAGCGAUGGUGGUUCAACUAUAAGGCAUUCCUUCUUAGACUUGCCAUCUGCGGCUACGAGGAGAUGGUCCAGGAUAUUGGGGACCAGGACUAUGAGUUUCAGCUCAAUCUGAUGUUCCAAGAGGAAGACCAGGAAUGGGUGGAUGACAUCAUGAAGCCAGUUCUACAGGAAAGGUUUCCUCAUCUUGAGAGAGUGGUCUUUGGUGACAACGACCUCCACCUCGGAAUGUUCUACAUAAACGCUCUCCAUUAUGCCGUUGAGACAAGCUUCAAGACUGUUCUCUUGCUAAGUAACAACUCUGUACGUGAAGCCUGGUUUAUUACCAAGGUACGUAUAGCCCUAGAGGAACUCAAUGACAGCAGACUGGACAAGAUCAUACUGUUUUUCCUUGAGGAUAUUGAUGAUGAUGAUCUCCCAUACCUAGUAAGGUUGUUCCUGAGUAAGAACAAGCCUUACAUGCUGUGGACAGAUGAUGAGGAUGGUCAAGAACUAUUCUGGGCACAGUUUGAGAAAAGCAUGAAGUCCAAUAAGGAACUCAAUAGUGUUAUCCCUGUUUGAUCGCAUGACUUGUCACAUGUUAUCUCCAAAAUGUUGGCCUACUUUAAUAUUCACUGAUGAAUUAAAUCACUGGUAACUGAAUGAUCAUAAGGGUCUUUUCCAGACCCCAUUAGGUGAUUUCAUGUUCGGUGUUGGUGUUAGUGUUAAAAUUUCAAUUGCUUCCCCUAGCUCCAAAACCUAUUCAGAG